AUGAACCCUUCCUUGACGCCGUUCCCCGUCGCCCUGGCACUGCCCGUCGGGGCCCCUCGCCGCUGCCCGCCGUCGCCUCCCCGCCCCUGUGCGCCGUCAUCGUCGCCGGCCUCGCCCUCGUCUGUCGCCGCUCGGAGCCCGCCUGGACCUCGCUGGACCUCCCUCGCCGGCCUACUUCCUCUCCGCCGUCGUCCCCAUCGACCAUCCCGACCCCCGCUGCCUCGAACCCUACAACCCCGUGAGGCCCUCCUCCUUCCUCCCUUCCCCGCGGUCACCGCGCUCGCUGGUUCAUCCCGUGCACGAGCACACACGCGCGUGGCCUUUGGUGCUCCCGUCCGUCGCCUCUCCGGCACUGCUGCUGCCCGCACAUGGCCGCGCCCAGGCGCCCGUCUCCCGCGCGCCACGCUCUCCCGUGACCUGCUGCUGCUACUGCACUGCUCCGCCGCGUCGCACCUGUCCUGCAGCCACGCCGCGCCCGCGCGAGCCCCCUGCUCGGCGGCCAGCGCGCGUCCGCCGCUGUGGCCGCGCCCGCUCUGCCGCUAG